AUGGUUGAUAGUUUCACACUUGUAUAUGGAUUCUCUUCUACCACAUGUGUACUUGGAGCGAAGCUCCCGACGAUUCCAAAAGUGACCAACGAUGAUCCUAUCACUCGCUCUCUGCUAACUACUAAACACACACACGACCUAUUCCUCCUCUCUCCCGACAUAGCUUUCGACAUCGAUACUGAAGCUGAGUCUUUGUCUACAGGAUAUUGUAAACGAGAUCCUUCACCCUCGUCCUAUAACUUCCGACCGCAGAAUAUCUCACCGUCGAUCUAUCCCAGCAAAAAACCUCCCGAAAAAAACAUCAUCACGCGCAACACCAUCAAUAUCCAUCUCUACCCUCCUAGCUCCGCGUUAAAUUUCCACAGCUAUCUCAAAAGUACAUCAGAUCAAAGACGAACUCAAAGCUAUUUUGUGAUGGAGAACACCACAGAUAUGUACGGGGCACAGUUUAGCAUGUUGCAGAAUGCGAUGAAUAAUGAUACUCGGUAUGAUGCCAAUCUUGAUGCGUCAUUUUGUCUGGGGGAUUGUUUGGGUCUGUAG